AUGAGCAGCAGCUCCACACUCCCGACGCAUACUGACCACUAAUCUUAUGAGCAAUGGCGACGGCCGGCGCUCUCCGCCUCGGCCACGCUUCCUUCUUUCUCUCUGGCCACCGGCGCAGGUCUCCUCCUCCCUCAUUUCCCACUGGACGGAAGGUGCCAGCGCCCGCUAGGGCUUCGGCCCACCUGCACGAUCUCUUCGUCGGGGUGGGCGUGGGACUCCCCUGCACCGUCAUGGAGUGCGGAGACAUCAUUUACCGAAGCACCCUGCCCCGACCCACUGGCCUCACCCUUACCGCCCCCGGCGUCGCCCUCGCCGUCGCCGCCGUGUCCUACCUCUGGGCGACCCCCGGCGUCGCACCCGGCUUCUUCGACAUGUUCGUCCUCGCUUUUGUGGAACGCUUCUUUCGUCCCGCCAUCCACAAGGAUGAUAUUGUGCUCGGUAAGAAGCUCGGUGAAGGCGCCUUCGGGGUCGUCUAUAAGGUCUCCUUGGCAAACCCCAAGCCUUCAAUCAAGGAAGGCGAUUUGGUAUUGAAGAAAGCCACCGAAUAUGGAGCAGUGGAGAUAUGGAUGAAUGAGCGUGUGCGACGAGCCUGUGCUAGCAGCUGUGCCUAUUUCUUGUAUGGUUUUCUUGAGAACAAAUCUAAAGGGAAGGGUGGAGAUGAGUACUGGCUCAUUUGGCGUUUUGAGGGUGAGGACACACUUGCAGAUCUCAUCCAAAGCAAAGAAUUCCCCUAUAAUGUGGAGGCUAAGAUUCUAGGAGAAGUUCAAGAUUUGCCAAAGGGAUUACAAAGAGAGAACAAAAUUAUUCAAACAAUCAUGAGGCAACUUUUGUUUGCUUUAGAUGGUCUUCAUUCGACAGGGAUCGUCCACAGAGACAUUAAGCCUCAAAAUGUGAUUUUCUCAGAAGGGGCUCGAACCUUCAAAAUUAUCGAUCUGGGAGCCGCAACAGAUUUGCGAGUUGGUAUAAACUAUAUUCCCAAGGAGUUUCUGCUCGACCCACGGUAUGCUGCACCUGAGCAGUAUAUCAUGAGUACACAAACACCCUCUGCACCUUCUGCACCAGUGGCUACUGCAUUAUCCCCUGUUCUGUGGCAGCUGAACUCACCUGACAGAUUUGACAUUUACAGCUUGGGCCUUAUUUUCCUUCAAAUGGUAUUUCCGUCGCUACGGUCUGACAACAGCCUUGUACAAUUUAACCGUCAGCUGAAGCGCUGCAACUAUGACUUAAGUGCAUGGAGAAAUCUAGUGGAGCCCCGUGCCAGUCCAGAUCUCCGAAAGGGAUUUGAACUGCUAGAUUUAGAUGGAGGCAUUGGCUGGGAGCUUCUCACUUCCAUGGUUCGUUAUAAAGCGCGCCAAAGAACCAGCGCAAAGGCUGCACUAGCUCACCCAUUUUUCAAACGUGAAGGCCUGCUCGGUCUGUCCAUUAUGCAAAAUUUAAGGCUUCAACAAUACCGCGCGACGCAAAAGGACUACAGUGAAGCUGCCAAUUGGAUUAUUAAGUUUAUGGCAAAGUCAGGGACAGCAUCAGAAGGCGGCUUCACAGAAGCGCAACUCCAGGAACUGAGAGAAAUCAAGCCGAAGAAGGGCGGUUCGCAGCAGCGUAACUUGCUCGCUUCCAUCCUCCGCGUGCAGAGGAAGUUAAUUAAAACCCUAAAUGAGAGCAUGGAUGAUCUUAACAGACGGAGGAAAAGUAUUUGGUGGAGUCGAUGGAUCCCCCGGGAGGAGUAAGAAAAGCUAAAUGAUAUGCUGCAAAUCUAUAGAUCCAGGGAAUUGCUCCCUUGAAAUGUAAAGGAAUGUAUAUAUGGCCUCGCUACUCAGCAUAUAAGAACAAGUUCCUACUCACCCUUUUGAGUCA